CUUUCCUCUGCAAAAAUAUCUACCGAUCGAUUUUCUCCCAUAGAGAGCUAAGCCGCAGAACCAGAUUUACUCCGUCUUCUCCGUCUUCUUCCAGAGAUGAUAGACUUUCCUAAGUUGCCUUACUCCGUCGCCGUACUCCAUAUUAUACGCGUUGACGGUUGACCUGCUUGUUCCCCACUUUCGUUGAAUCGUUGUGCCUGUUCCGUUGUUCGUCGUUCUAGUCCAGAGACGAGACUCCAGACUUCGUCCGCUACUCCGCGUCGCUACUUCAGUACCUGACCUUGCCGGCUGCCUCCCUGCGUCAUGAAGUCCGAACUCAGAAUGGCUGCCCCUGCCAAAGUCCGAACUCACAAAGUCCCUUCCCCUGCCGGCUGCCAGUUGCCUAGUUUGGGUAAUUGACAUGCUGUCUACUGCACAAAAUUCAAAGGUGUUUGAAUCUCCGUUGACUAGUAAAACUCCAAAUUCACUACACUCACUAAAAUGGGCUGAUGCAUAUCCAAAACUGUUUAGCAACCAUGGUGCUUCACGUUUAAAGCGGGGGGCUCAUGAAUUUGCUUGUAGAAGCUUAUUUUAUUGUGGAAAUCAUUUUAUCUCAGCUAUUGAGGCACCAAACCUUCUUGACGCCAGAGGGAAUACAGAAAAGAAGUUUGAAGAUUCAGAAGAAAGAGACCAAAAGUGUAAUGAUUGUAAAUCUUGUUCUUGUAGCUUUCUGCUCCAUAUUUAAGUAUUUUUUCUCCUCUUUUACCCUAUUAACUCAAAGUUUUGUGUAGAUGAUCAGGUGGUGAGGGGUAUGGAUAAUGCACAUGCUAAAACAGUGAACCCCUUAGGAUCAUCACCAUCCUUUAAGAAAAUUAUUGCAUUUCAAAGUCUCCUCACGAAACCCCUUAGCAGUUUAUCACUACAAAUUUAAUGUCACUGACCCAACUAGUUGGCGUUAAGGUGCUGAUAAUGAUCAAUCAUCUAAUUGACAUGUUGUAUUGAACAGCUAAAAUCAUGCUUGCUAAAAUCAUGCUUGCUGGCUCUUACUAGUGUGUAUAAUCAUUCUCAAGGUCUGCAUUAUAUAUACCAUCUUUAAGCAUGUUUCUUUGAUGUUUUCCUGAGAUGAAAUAUUUCUCUGUUUGUUUGAUAGAGGUCGCUUUGCUUCUGGAAUGCAGUUCUUAGUUCUUAUUAUUGAUAGCUGAGUUCAGUAAAAUUGAAAUUAAUUAACGUUGAAAAACUUUUGGGAAGUCUUGGGGGCUUAUUUUCCAAAACUUGGAAACCUAAGAAGAAUUGCCCAAUAACCGGCCCUAUUAUCACACAAGGUUAGUUCUUUCUAAUCUCCUUCAUCAAAGAAAAAUGGGAUCGAUUAAAAAAAUGAUUACUUCUUUUGGGAUGUUGAAGUAGGUUGCUGUUUUUGUUUGACUGUUUUUAGGAUGUGGCAGAUGGUACUUAGAGAAAGGGUAACCACUUGGAGCAGAGGGAAAAACUGGGGUUGAAUUCUGCUCCGAAAGGUCACUCAAGCACACAAACAACCCUUCCUGAACCAACUAAUGCAUUGUAUAAAGUCGAAGUAAACCUUUUUUACUUUGGGAUUUUUCUAUUUUUGUGUAUUAUUAUUGUUAAUGUUUUUAUUAUUACUAUUCUUUUAUUGAUCUGAGAAGUUCAGCUUUUGUUUACGACUCCAUUCUUAAUGGCUGACCGGGUGAGUUUCGAGAUACACCUCUCCGUCAUUUUCUUGUUUUAGUGUUCUUACAGAACAUGCAAUAAUUUGAACUUCUCAAAAUUUCUCUCUAGUCUUCAGGUAUGUCCUGAAUUCACAACAUAUGAAGAGGUUUUUCACAUACAUACAACUACCAAAUUUUGGCCUUGCUGCUGAUUCUGCUGCAACUUUCAAGGUUGAAUACUUUUGACUAAAGUCAUGUAAUUUAUUAACAUUGGGAAAAUAUCAUAUGGACUUUGAUGCUCUGCCAUUGCCCACCUCACUCUCUAUAUGUGUGUGUCUAUGUGUGCUCAUAAGUGAGUGUGAACUGGUGUUGGUCUCUGUCAUUUGGACUGACGACAAUCUGAAAAAUGACGUUGAUAAAAUUACUAAGCAGCAGUAAAAAAGAUAUUGGGGC